AGUCGGCGGCGGAGACGCGUCUUAGGUCGUCAUCAGCCCAGCGCCGACGCAGGAAGCGACGACAUUCCUGUCGCGCGCCGGGCGCUGUUUCUUCUCAGGCUCCGGGACCGGCGGCGGCGGCGGCGCAGGGUGUUUUAACUCAAAUGGGUGAUGAAAAGGACUCUUGGAAAGUGAAAACUUUAGAUGAAAUUCUUCAGGAAAAGAAACGACGGAAGGAACAAGAGGAGAAAGCAGAGAUAAAACGCUUAAAAAAUUCUGAUGACCGGGAUUCCAAGCGGGAUUCCCUUGAGGAGGGGGAGCUGAGGGACCACCGCAUGGAGAUAACAAUAAGGAACUCGCCGUACAGAAGAGAGGACUCCAUGGAAGACAGAGGAGAGGAAGAUGAUUCUUUGGCUAUCAAACCACCCCAGCAGAUGUCUCGGAAGGAAAAAGCACAUCACAGGAAAGACGAAAAGAGAAAAGAGAAACGUAGGCAUCGCAGUCACUCAGCAGAAGGGGGGAAGCAUGCCAGAGUGAAAGAGAAGGAGCGGGAGCACGAGCGCCGGAAGCGGCACCGGGAGGAGCAGGACAAGGCUCGGAGGGAGUGGGAGCGGCAGAAGCGGAGGGAGCUGGCUCGGGAGCACUCGCGCAGGGAGAGGGACCGCCUCGAGCAGUUAGAGAGAAAGCGAGAACGGGAACGCAAGAUGCGGGAGCAGCAGAAGGAGCAGCGGGAGCAGAAGGAGCGGGAGCGGCGGGCCGAGGAGAGGCGCAAGGAGCGGGAGGCCCGGCGGGAAGUGUCUGCACAUCACCGGACCGUGAGAGACGACUACAGCGACAAGGUGAAAGCCAGCCACUGGAGCCGGAGCCCUCUCCGGCCGCCUCGAGAAAGGCUUGAGCUGGGGGACAGCCGGAAGCCAGUGAAAGAAGAAAAAGUGGAAGAGAGAGACCUGCUGUCUGACCUGCAGGACGUCAGCGACAGUGAGAGGAAGACCAGCUCCGCUGAGUCCUCGUCAGCGGAGUCGGGGUCAGGUUCUGAGGAGGAGGAAGAGGAGGAGGAGGAGGAAGAGGGAAGCAGCAGUGAAGAGUCGGAGGAGGAGGAGGAGGAAGAGGAAGAAGAGGAGGAGGAGGAGACUGGAAGCAACUCUGAGGAUGUGUCCGGACAGUCAGCCGAAGAAGUGAGUGAAGAAGAAAUGAGUGAAGAUGAGGAGCGAGAGAAUGAAAACCACGUCUUGGUUGUUCCAGAGUCACGGUUUGACCACGAUUCUGGAGAGAGUGAAGAGGGGGAAGAGGAGGCGGGUGAGGGCACCCCUCAGAGCAGCGCCCUCACCGAAGGGGACUUUGUGCCUGACUCCCCAGCCCUGUCGCCCAUCGAGCUCAAGCAGGAGCUGCCCAAGUACCUGCCUGCCCUGCAGGGUUGUCGGAGUGUGGAGGAGUUCCAGUGUCUGAACAGGAUUGAGGAAGGCACCUACGGGGUGGUGUACAGAGCAAAGGACAAGAAGACAGAUGAAAUUGUGGCUCUGAAGCGAUUGAAGAUGGAGAAGGAGAAGGAGGGCUUCCCAAUCACGUCACUGAGGGAGAUCAACACCAUCCUCAAGGCACAGCACCCCAAUAUCGUCACUGUCAGGGAGAUCGUCGUGGGCAGCAACAUGGACAAGAUCUACAUCGUCAUGAACUACGUGGAGCACGACCUCAAGAGCCUCAUGGAGACCAUGAAGCAGCCUUUCCUGCCAGGGGAGGUGAAGACGCUGAUGAUCCAGCUGCUGCGUGGCGUGAAGCACCUGCAUGACAACUGGAUCCUGCACCGAGACCUCAAGACGUCCAACCUGCUGCUGAGCCACGCAGGCAUCCUCAAGGUGGGGGACUUCGGGCUGGCACGGGAGUAUGGGUCCCCUCUGAAGGCCUACACCCCAGUGGUCGUGACGCUGUGGUACCGAGCCCCUGAGCUUUUGCUGGGUGCCAAGGAGUACUCCACAGCCGUGGACAUGUGGUCAGUGGGCUGCAUCUUUGGGGAGCUGCUGACUCAGAAGCCGCUAUUCCCUGGGAAGUCAGAAAUUGAUCAGAUCAACAAAGUGUUCAAGGACCUGGGGACCCCCAGUGAGAAAAUCUGGCCUGGCUACAACGACCUCCCAGCUGUCAAGAAGAUGACCUUCACUGAGUACCCCUAUAACAACCUCCGCAAGCGCUUCGGGGCUCUGCUCUCAGACCAGGGCUUCGACCUCAUGAACAAGUUUCUGACAUAUUUCCCUGGGCGGAGAGUCAACGCGGAAGACGGCCUCAAGCAUGAGUAUUUCCGCGAGACCCCUCUGCCCAUUGACCCCUCCAUGUUCCCCACGUGGCCGGCCAAGAGCGAACAGCAGAGGGUGAAGCGAGGCACCAGCCCGCGACCUCCAGAGGGAGGCCUGGGCUACAGCCAGCUGGGCGACGACGACCUGAAGGAGACGGGCUUCCACCUCACCACCACAAACCAGGGGGCCUCAGCUGCAGGCCCGGGCUUCAGCCUCAAGUUCUGAGGCUCCCAGCCGACCUGGACCCACCCUGGGGAGCACCGACCGCGCAGGCGCUGGAGGCGCUGUCUGGGUCCUGACUGUGGACCGGGGCGCCAAUGCCACAGGGCUGCCACGGGUACAACCUCAAGUCUUGGACUGCUGGCCUCGUGGGGUUUUCCACGUUUUCUUUUUAUUUUAUCUUGCCUUGUAAAUUUGUAGAAUUAAAUCACAUUUUCCUUGC